AGAGGGAGGGAGAGAGAGAGAGAAGACAUCAUGUGGCCUUUUCUGUGGGUUGCCAUCCGUACAUAUGCACCCUAUGUAACCUUUCCCGUGGCCUUUGUAGUUGGGGCAGUGGGAUACAACUUAGAGUGGUUUUUUCGUGGAGAGCAAAAGCAACCAGUUGAAGAGAAAAGCAUUUUUGAAUUGCGUGAAGAGAGAAAACUUGCUGAGAUCACAGAUAAGGAUUGUACCAAAGUGCUAAGCCUAAAGGACAAACUUGAGUUCACGCCAAGGGCAGUACUAAACAGGAAUCGACCGGACAAGGCCAGUAAUAGCUAGCCCACAAAAAGAAACGGUGCAUUGGAGCAACAAGCUGUCUUCCAGAUGCAGUUUGUGGAUGCCCAAUGAUACGAUGUGUGUAGGAGUUCAAAUGCUCACUUGAUUAACUGUUUUUCCAAUUUAAGAGGAAAAUUGAAAUGGAGCUUUUCUUGCAGAUCUGCUGUGAAGUGAAAACUGUAAAUUAUCAGUUUAAAUUGAUUCUUCAAGAGUUGAAAGCUCAGAGAGGCUGAAUGUGCUUUAUCCUGAUGAACAAUAUGUCAGUACAAUUUCCAUCCCUUACAACCAUCACCACUACCACAAACCUGGAUCUCUUAACUGGUACAUUUUGUCAUAAUUUAAUGAAAUGUCAAAAUUCUUGAUGUAUUAUGCAUUGAAUUAUAAUGUGUUGUGGUUGGAGUAGGUAAAGGUUUCGUUACCAUUGAAAAUAAAGUUAGUGAAGAAUGAUUAUUUA